CCCGUUACUCCAUCAUCAUCGGUCUCAGAACAGUUACCAAUCUUUGAGGAUAAGAAGCCGUGUUGCGAUCAAGUACCACAACAAGUGCAAUCACAACAUCCACCACCUCUUUCGAGACCAAAUAUCCCCUUGACCGCUCGUCAAAAAGGUCUCGUUGUCACUCAUUUCGAUACCGGUGCCUCAUUGGACGAGUUGGCUGCCAAGUUUCGGGUUUCAACUGAAGAUAUAGAGUACAUUAUAUCGAAUCGUGCUGAAGUAAUUCGUGACCAAACGGCUGCGCUAAUGGCUGAAAACGACAUGGAUGAUGAUCGUGACCGAAGUGUCAGUGGUGCAAGGAAAAAAAGUAGGGUGCGUCGAACGUCAUUCGUAGGUCUGAAUAUCCUAAUGUGGCGAUUCUUCAAAGACUGUCGUGACAACGGCAUUGUUUUGAACGGAAAGUUGCUGAAAGAACAUGCCAUGAUGAUUUCACGUCAGCUAGGGCUUGAGAACUUCAAAGGCUCAGAAGGCUGGUUGGAUGCAUUCAAGCGACGCCACCGAAUUGAUCUCAAGCUCAUGUCUGGUGUGCCGGUAAAUUACGAAGAAACUGAUGACGAUAAAAUGGAAGAUGAUCACGAAGACAAUCAGAAUACAGCGAGACAGCUCAACUCUUCACAGGUCCUAAGUGAAGGAACAACAGCAGCGUUGCUGGACUGCGUUGAGAAAGCGGUCGCUCCACCAAAACCAAGUGCGCCUCCUGUUGCCGUUGUCAGCAUUGCAAACACUAAGCCUCUUGAUUUGAAUAACCUUUUUGGAAGAAAUGAAACUGCGAGUGCAGGAACAACAGCAGCGUUGCUGGACUGCGUUGAGAAAGCGGUCGCUCCACCAAAACCAAGUGCGCCUCCUGUUGCCGUUGUCAGCAUUGCAAACACUAAGCCUCUUGAUUUGAAUAACCUUUUUGGAAGAAAUGAAACUGCGAGUGCAGAUGGCCAGAUCAAUACUUGUGUGAAUGGGAUGCCUAGUUCGCGGGUCUCGCCAGCCAGAAUGCAGCAACUCUCUCCGACACUGGCGUCCGACGAGAAAGGUUUCAUUGCUGCCGUGGUGAAGAGUGCAGCGAUUCGUGUAUACGACAAAGAGCUUUCAUCUGCUCUUGAAACUGUGCGAAGCUACAUCCUCAGCAACGAUGCAUCGGCCAUGCCUAUAUUUUUGGAGUUACAGAUGAAAUUAGCUGCGGUAUCGCGUGAGCAAAGCAAGCGAAUGAGGGAAGAGCGCAUGAAUGGGGAUGAGUCCACUGCAACCACUCAGAACGGAAACCUGUAA